AUGCCGUCUGCCAUCGUUUCAGACGCCACCACUUCCCUCGACGGAACGGCCCUCGCCUCCGCCUCCACCUCCAAAUACAAAACCACCUCGGUCGACCAAGGUCCCACCCCUUACCAGUUCGAUCUCGGCCUGCUCACCUCGAUCAACCCCAACCCUCUCACCUCCACCUCCUCCCCCUACCUUCUCUCCCGCGCUCGAGAUGGAGUCCAGUCUCUCGUCAACAAGAUCUUUGCGCUUCCCAUCACCCGCGAUCCCGAAAACGGUCCCCUCGCAACGCUGCCUGCGUUCACCUCGAAGCUGCCUCGUGAGAAGAGCAUGCCCAAACCCAAACCGAUGACCAAGUGGGAGAAGUUCGCCAAGCAGAAGGGCAUCCAGUCCAAAAAGAAGGACAAGAUGGUGUUCGACGAAGCUACCAAGGAGUGGGUUCCUAGGUGGGGCUACAAGGGUGCCAAUAAGGAUGCUGAGGAUCAGUGGAUUCACGAGUUGAAGAACAACGGCAAUACCGACUUCGACCCCGCCAAGACCGCCAAGAAGGAACGUCUCGCCAAACAGGCCAAGAACGAAAAGCAACGUCUCGGAAACCUCGCCCGCGCUGCCGCCGCAUCCACCGCUUCCUCCUCAUCCUCGAAUAAAGGUGGUCUCGGAGACGCCAACGCCGCCAAGCUCGCCCGCGCCGCAGCCCGCGAGAAGCGCAAAGCCGAACUCGAAGCAGACGUCCUCCGCUCCAGAGCCAGCACCGCCUCCAUGGGCAAGUUCGACAAGACGCUCAAGGGAGAACACAAGCAGAAGGGUCUCAAGCGCAAGUUCGAUGCCAACGAAAAGGACGUCGGCAAGGAGAGGGAGAGCAACCUGGCGCUGUUGGAGAAGCUGGGUACCGCAAAGAUGAGGAAGAACGCCAAGUUGGCAGAGGGCCAGGGCGAUAGGGAGCUGGUGAACGCGAGGAAGGCGGUGCAGUUUGCGACGGGCGGGCAUGGCGUGACGAGUAUGGGAGCGAGGGGGGCGAGGAAGGGCGGUAGGAAGUGA